AAAACGUCAUAUGAAAUUUUAAGGUUAUUUUCGUUAAUUUACGUAUUGGACCAUCAUAAUCUAUUUAUUUUGAAAUGUUUCAUAAAAAUUAAAUAUACAAAAUGAAUAUUAUUAAGUCGCAAAACACAAUUUUAAGCACGUCUAAUAUUAUUCAGAAGAGCUUAUAUUCGACACAAUCUAAAGCUGUAGAAAAAAUUAGAGAUCGAUUAGCAAAUGGCCCAAGUUUUGAAGAUUUUGUAACAAAAAGUACGACCGAAAUCAAUGGCGAAUGGAAAAAUUAUGAUGGUAAAUUACGUAGAGAUAAAGGAGAAAAUACAAGGUUACGUUUACCACCGUGGCUUAAGACUACAAUCCCUACAGGGAAAAAUUUCCAUAAAAUUAAAGAACAAUUACGUGGUCUAAAAUUAAGUACUGUUUGUGAAGAAGCAAGGUGUCCCAAUAUUGGUGAAUGUUGGGGUGGUGGUGAACAUGGAACGGCAACUGCUACUAUUAUGUUAAUGGGUGAUACUUGUACCAGAGGAUGUCGAUUUUGUAGCGUAAAAACAUCACGAGCACCACCACCACUAGAUGUAAACGAACCAGUAAAUACCGCAGAAGCUAUUGCGUCAUGGGGUCUUAAUUACAUUGUUCUGACAUCAGUUGAUCGUGACGAUAUUCCUGAUGGGGGAGCAUCUCAUAUUUCUGAAACAGUCAAAACAAUAAAAAAGUUGAAUAAUUCAAUAUUGGUUGAAUGCCUGGUACCUGAUUUUGGUGGAAAUGUCGAUUCUGUAAAAUUGAUUGCCAAUUGUGGCUUGGAUGUAUAUGCGCAUAAUAUUGAAACUGUCGAAGAAUUAACGCCUUUUGUUCGUGAUCGGAGAGCAAAAUACAGACAAUCCUUAGCUAUGCUAAAGGCGGCAAAGGAGGAAAAUCCAAAUCUAAUUACCAAAUCAUCCAUUAUGUUAGGUUUAGGUGAAUCAGACGAAGAAGUUUUACAGACUCUUAAAGAUUUAAAAGAAGCUGGCGUGGAAUGCGUUACACUUGGACAAUAUAUGCAACCAACAAAACGCCAUUUGAAAGUGAUAGAAUACGUUACUCCAGAAAAAUUCAAACAUUGGGAAGAUAUGGGAACAGAAUUAGGAUUUUUGUAUACAGCUAGUGGGCCUCUGGUAAGAAGUUCUUAUAAAGCUGGAGAAUUUUUCAUUACAAGUAUAUUAAAAAAUCGACGAAGUUCUGUAUAAUUUAUAGUGUUGUAUUUUAAAGUUAUAAAAUAUAUAAUAUAUUUUUGUUUGUUUGAA